GGCUUUUAUUGUGAAAGGUCCGUCGCCGGAAGUCUCCAGCAUGGUGACCGCCGCUCGGAGAGACUGCGGUGGGACAGCGAUGGGUCACCGCCGAUUUUUAUCCGGAAUAAAUCAACAUGAAGCCCGCCCCGCGGCGCCAACGACGCGCACGCGCUCAGUGUAGUGUUUUCCGCCGCGUGCCGGGUCGUCCGGGUCCAGUUCGCGGGUCCUAGGCUGCAGAGGGAAACUUGUCGGCUUGUUGGGGUCGGACGGAAGUUUGUUGCGGCGAAGGGAAGGCUGUCGGAAACCGGGGAGGGCCACCACAGCCCGACAUGGAGGACGCCGGCUCGGCCCUGGAGAAGAACGUGGCGGACCUGACGGUGAUGGACGUGUACGACAUCGCCGCCGUGGUGGGCCAGGAGUUCGAGCGGAUCAUAGACCAGUACGGCUGCGAGGCGCUGUCCCGCCUGAUGCCCAAAGUGGUUCGAGUGCUGGAGAUCCUGGAGGUGAUGGUGAGCCGCAGCAGCAUGAGUCCGGAGACCGAGGAGCUGCGGCUGGAGCUGGACCGGCUGCGGCUGGAGCGGAUGGAGCGUCUGGAGAAGGAGAAGCGGCACCGGCAGGAGCUGGAGCGGGUGGAGGACGUGUGGAGAGGAGAAGCUCAGGAUCUGCUCUCCCAGAUCGCUCAGCUGCAGGAGGAGAACAAGGCCCUCCUGUCCAACAUGUCCAUCAAGGACGCCAUGAACGAGGAGGACCUGCAGAGGCACGAGGGUAUGACGGAGAGGGAGAAGCAGGUGAUGGUGAAGCUGAAGGAGGUGGUGGACAAGCAGAGGGACGAGAUCCGAGCCAAAGACCGGGAGCUGACGCUGAAGAACGAGGACGUGGAGGCUCUGCAGCAGCAGCAGUCGCGCCUCAUGAAAAUCAACCACGACCUGCGGCACAAAACCUCGGUGGUGGAAGCUCAAGGCAAGGCGCUCAUCGGCCAGAAGGUGGAGCUGGAGGCCGCCGCUCAGGCCCAGGCGCAGGAAGUGUGCGCUCUGCGGCAGGAAGUGGCACGACUUCGGGAGCGACUCCAGGGAGAGCCGGCGGCGGGUAACCCUGGGAACGCUCCACCGCAGCUGCCGUCCCCCGCAGAGGAGGCGCUGUGUGAGGAGGAGUCUGGAGGCCUGGACCUGAAGGACCCCAACAGACCCCGCUUCACCCUGCAGGAGCUGAGGGACGUCCUCCACGAGAGGAACGAGCUCAAGGCCAAAGUCUUCCUGCUGCAGGAGGAGCUGACCUACUACAGGAGUGAUGAAGCAGAGGAGGAGAUCGUGACUCCCUCCCCAUCUCCCUCCCCUGAGCUGAGGACUCGCUCGCGCUCCUCUCCACAGCAGGAGUCGGGGAUCAAACGCCUGUUUAGCUUCUUCUCGCGCGAUAAGCGGCGCUCCUCGCAGCAGAGCGCUCCGCUUCACUCCAGCUUCAGCCUGUGGAAGGACGACGUUUACACGGAGCAGGCGCAGGAGGCUCUGCAGCACCUGUGAGGGCGGCGCCGGCCCAAGCCCCGCCCACCGCCGUCUGGAGGAGGUGAAGCACUGAAGGAUCUGACGUGGACUCGAACGGUUUAAAGGGUCUUUAAAAAAAACAACUUUGUGGAAUUUUGAGGAAUCUAAACUUUGUGGUUAAAUUCUGUGAAAGUGGAUCAGACGACUCGCUCCAUCGUCGAUCAGAAUGUGCAGCUUCAGGGGAAGAAACAUUUAUUUAUGAAAUGUAAAAGACCAUUUCUGCUAACUGUUGGUAAAAACAUAAAGGUUUUUACUUCUUUAUCAUUUAGUUUCAAUUCGGGGAGAAAAAAAAUCAUGAUUUUUUUCUAAUUACAUUUUUACCCUUAUUAGGGUCGACGUGAAAGAAGAAAAAUCAA